UUGGGGGAGGACUGAAGGAUGCUGGGGGGGCUUGAGGAUGCUGAGGAGGUGGCUGCGGGGGAGCUGGAGGAUGCUACAGUGGGGAGCAGCCCAUAGUAUGGGGACAUUGGGGGGGGACAUUGGGGGAGGACCACCAAUGUUUUAGGCGGUCCCUGCCCUGGCACCAAUGCAAAAUGUAACCCCUUGCUACCAAAGUUUUAGGGGGGCACUGAAUACCAAUGUCUGUGUCCUUUGGGGAGGAGGAGGGGGCCCAGAAAAUUUUGUUGUGAGGGGCCCCAUGAUUUCUGAUGGCGGCCCUACAUAACGGUGUGUUUUUUUUUUUUUAGUUUGGUGCCUUUACCCCGCUGUAAUGUUAACCUAAAUAUGGUGCACAUAUGCAAGCAAUGAAAAAUCUUGCAAAAAACUAGUGAUCCUGCAAGUUGCAAACUGCACUAAACUUAGGUCAAAUUCAUUUUAAGUUCUUACAUUUAAAAGAACAAUGUAUCACUGCAUUUUUGGCAUGUAAUAAAAACUUGAGUAGUUUACAGUACGUAAUGGCUUCUGGUACUGCAUUAGUUUAUGAUGAAGAAAUGAUGAGCUACAAGCUGUUAUGGGAUGACCAAGAAUGUUCUAUUGAAGUUCCUGAGAGGUUAUCUUCCUCCUAUAAGAGGCUACAGGAUUAUGAUCUUGUGAAGAGAUGCACCCAGUUGCCUGUGCGAGAGGCCACAGAUGAAGAGAUCACAUUAGUACAUAGCUCUGACUAUCUAGAGGUUGUGAAAAGCACCCAGACUAUGAAUGAAAAGGAGCUGGAAGAAAUCUCAAGGAAAUAUACAGCUGUAUUUUUCCAUCAGAAUUCUUUCCGCUGUGCCAAGCUGUCCCUUGGUGGCACACUACAACUGGUGGAUGCCGUAUUGUCAGGAGAAGUCCAAAAUGGAAUGGCUCUUGUAAGGCCCCCGGGACAUCACAGUCAGCGUGAUCAAGGCAAUGGAUUCUGUGUUUUCAAUAAUGUUGCAAUAGCAGCAGAAUAUGCAAAGAAAAAGUACAAAUUAGAGAGAAUUUUGAUUGUUGAUUGGGAUGUUCACCAUGGGCAAGGAAUUCAGUACAUCUUUGAGGAGGAUCCAAGUGUUCUUUAUUUCUCAUGGCAUCGUUAUGAGCACAAAACAUUUUGGCCAUAUCUCAGCGAAUCGGACUAUAAUGCGGUCGGCAGAGGGAAAGGCACAGGCUUUAACAUAAAUUUGCCAUGGAACAAGGUUGGCAUGAGCAAUGCAGAUUAUAUUGCUGUUUUUUUCCAUGUGCUCCUUCCCUUGGCAUUUGAGUUUAAUCCAGAGCUGGUUCUGGUUUCUGCAGGAUAUGACUCCGCUAUUGGAGAUCCAGAAGGCAGGAUGUGUGCAACUCCUGAGUGCUUCUCACAUCUCACAUCUAUGCUUAUGAACCUUGCUGAUGGCAAACUAUGUGCAGUUCUGGAGGGUGGAUACAAUCUUCGGUCAUUAGCAGAAUCUGUCUGUAUGACUGUAAGAACAUUGCUUGGAGACCCUUUACCGAAACUUACUGGAGAAAUGACACCAUGCCAUAGUGCUUUGGAAUCCAUACAAAAUGUAAGAGCUGCACAUUCUCCAUAUUGGAAGUGCUUGUUAUGUGAUGGCAAUUUGAGAUCAGCGCAUGACCCAGGUUCUAAAGAAAACCUUGACUCUCAGCUCUCCAGUGACCAGCAGCAAAACAUUGAUACAGCAGUGUUUGAUAGUUUUCUGGAUUCCCAUAUGAAGGAAAUUACAUUUGCUGCACCACCUUUAAGAACAUGUGCUGUGCUUCCUGAGGGCUGCUCUCUCGCUUUGCCUGAUGGAGUGCUAUUGGAAGAGGAAACGGCUACUAGGGAACAUGUUAUUGCUUCUAGCAGCCUUUUCCCUUAUGAGCUUUUGGAAAAAGAAAGCAUGUUGGCUACCUUGGGGAAAACGCUUGUUGUUCUCAAUAAACUUAUAGCGUAUCAGACAAUGAAUGCUAUUGCAUUAUCACCUGAUUCUUCUGUCUGUGCUGCUGUUGCCAUCCAGCAUGUGUUAGCGUCUGAAGUAAAAAGGUUGUAUUGUAUUAAUAUUGGAGAUAUUGGAAUGAAACAUGAAUCACAAAAUGAUGGAAAAUUCCUUUGCCUGAAUAUCUGUGGAGCUUACCCUACUGGCAUGAGUAACAACAGGCAGAUUUAUGUGAAGUGGACUGAAUGUUCUGAUGAAUACAGCAGCUUCUUCUAUAUUCUAUUCUGCUGUAUACUUCCACUGGCCUACAACUACCAGCCUGACUUUAUUAUAAUCACCACAGGAUGUAACAGAACUAUUGGGGAUAAGGACAUUGCUCUACUCGUUAGUCUGUUGCAGGGUCUAGCUAAUGGCAGAAUUAUUGCUGUUAUUCCGGAAACAGAACCAAAGCUGGGUGAAAUGUUGGUCAAAUGCAUGUCAGGCUCUCCUGGAGAAAAGCACUUUGGGCCACACAGAGCACCACCGCUAGAAAUUAUUCAGGACCUUAAUGAAAAACUUCUUGUUAUUCAGAAAGAAUGGAAAAUGCUUCAGUGUAGUGCCAGCUAGAAGACAACCUCCGUUUUUGUGAACAUCAAGUUGGACUUUUUUUUUUUAAUGCCAAAUUUGAUUCAUUUAAUAAAUGUUAGAGUACAUGUUUAAUUAUUAAAUGGAUGAACUCUUUUUCAUAUUAUAUCACUAGGGGCAUCUUCAAAUACAACUUUCUGCUAUGCAUUUAAAGGAAAACUAUAUCGUCCGAAUAAAUAGUUCACCAACUUAUUGUUUAUAUCAUAUUUAGUGGCCUGUUAAAGAAUUUUACUAGAGCUACCAUUUUGUGGUGGGUUGUGUACUCCUUCAGAGAUCACCUGAUGGGAAAUAAUGCAACUCUAACAGGAAUAAGUGUGGAAGCAAAAGACAGAACUGUACAUUUUUGGUGCAUGUGACCUAGCAUGCCAUUGGUUGAUUUGUGUGCACCGUGAAUUAUAUGAUUCCAGAGGGUAGGCCAUUAGUACUUACAAUGACAAUGUUUAAGGUUACCCAAUGAGACACGCUAUUUAAGAAGGAUAUUUUUAUAAAAAUCGUUUAUUUAGAUGAGCUGUAUAUUUUUUUUCAGAAGCUCUUAUAAGAAUCUUCAUACUUCUGUAAAUCUUGGUGGUUAUAUCAUUUUACAGAAACACAGAAUGGCCUUUUCAAAUUGGCUGAACUGUUGAAUUAUACUAAUCUACUAUGGUUUUUGAUGUGAUACAUACUAUGACUUUUCUUGCUAAGCAAACACUAGGUACUGGGUACUGAAUGAUGCUUCCAAUCAAAUGCUAUUAUGCUGUAAAACACCUUUUGUCUGCUUUUCAAGUGAAAUGAUUGCAUUAAAUAGAAAUCUCUGUGUUAAAAAUAAUUAUUGUAAAAACCUGGUUUGAAUAGGUAAAUGUUUAUACAUAUAUACGUGUGUGUGUGUAUGUGUGUGAAACCUUGAUAUAAGCUAUAAUGGUGUCAUUAUUACUUUUCUAAUUUCUUCAUUCUUCAUGUUUAUCCAAAAAUCAUCUUCUUUCCUAAGCAUUUUGUCUUUGUGCAAACUUGAUGGUGUUCCACUGGAAAUAAAGAAUUUUUAAGGCAAAAAA